GACGACAGUAGAUAAUACUUCGGCUGCGUUGGCCGUCAGUAGUCUGAAACUCCUGGAACUAACGUCUUUAAAGCAACAAGAAAGUUCAUGCCUUUAAUUUAUAAAUAGUUUUGGUUGAAAGUUCGUAUUGUGUAAUAUUAGACAAAAAGUCGAAAAUUAAAAAAACUCAUUUAUAUACCAAAAAGUUUGAAUGUGCAAAAUAUGCCAUAUACAUUUCUUAUCUUAAAACAUUAUUAUAAAACAUUUCUUACCUUAUUUUCAAUAUUUUUCCAUGAAAGAUACACAUUUGAAGUUUCAGAAAAAUAUGACAAUUAACGAAAAACAUGCAAUUGCAUGAACUUCCCAGUUCUACUAAUCAAUGUAACAGUGGACGUUCUCGAAAACAUCAAUCAGGUAAAAGCCUUUUUAUUUUACACUACAUCCUCCACGGAAAAAUUGUUUAUUAUAUUCCGACGUCCAAUCGACAAGACCUUUAUUAUGUCAAGACAGAUCACCAUAAUUAACAUUUUUUAAUCUAUUUAUGCUACAAAAAAGGAUUUUCCCUAUUUACUCCCACGUUACCUGACUUUCUUCUACUAAGUGCAUACUGUGAAAUUCAAUGGGCGAUAGCAUACUCCUUUCUAAAUAGAUCCCUUGCCUAAAAAUGCCAAUGUUUAAUUUGUUGUAUUUUUUGUAACUAUUUCCAAAGCUCGAUUUUGUUUUCGUAGUGACCACUGUUCCAGUUGUGGCCGGAUUCUCGUCUCAAUAAUGACCAUUCGGGAUUCUGUGGAUGAUCAUGAGAAUGUCAAUUAAUCGAGAAUUCCCAGGAUUAACAAAGUGCGUAAUGACUGUAUACUAGGAAGAAAUUGUGUAUUCUGAGAAAAAUUCAAAAUGAUUAAAAUUAUAAAAACACUGUAUUUUCGUCAUUUACUUAGAAAUCUGAAAUGUGACUCUUGUAACUGAUAAUAAGGAAAGUUCAGGGUAGAUGGGAGGUAGACAAGAAGAUGUUCUGGAUAACAAUCAUUCGCAAAUGGACCAGUAUUUCGAGUGCUUAGAGUUGUUUCAUCUAGCACAAGACAGAUUGGGCCAGGGGUCGCCAAUCUUCAGUCAUGGAGACGGCACUUCAAGAAUUAAGACAAGGUGGUUCAUCCUUGAUGAUGGUGUGUUAGCAUAUUAUAAAUCUCAGGAAGAAGUAAAUCAAGGGUGUAAAGGAUCCCUGAAAGUGUCUGCGUGUGAAAUCAUAGUAAAUCCAGUGGAUAGCACACGAAUGGAUUUAGUUAUUCCUGGUGAACAGCACAUUUACCUACGUGCUGCAACUUCUCAGGAACGACAACAAUGGCUUGUUGCAUUGGGAAGUGCGAAAGCUUGUGUUACUACAAGAAAUAGAAAAGACUCUGAUUCUAAUCCAGACACCUUGAAAUCAAAGAAAUCAGAAUUAAGAUUGUACUGUGAUCUUCUGAUGCAACAAGUUCAUAUGGUUAAAACUGCAGCAUUGCAUGAAAAUGGACCAGAAACUACAAAACUGGAUGAAGCUACUUCUUUACUGGGAGCAACCUGUGAUACUUUUAUAAGAACUCUAGAAGAUUGUAUGAAACUUGCAAAUGCAAAUUUUACUUAUGAACUUCCACAUCAACAUGUAACUGAUACUGCUCUUCCUCCAGUGUCCAAUCAAAGCAAAGGAAAGGAAAACUUGAAAUGUUAUUUGUGUGAAGAAGUCAAGAAUGUUGUUAAUGCUCAAAUGUCCAAUGCUGUUGAUGAAGCAAUGGACAUCUGAAUGUAUGCCAAAUCAUUGAAGGAUAUUCAAGGAAUUUGUUGGCACCUGGUGUGCAAUGGAAACAUUUGUAUUUGAUGCUCGUUUAAUCUUUUGUGUUUGGGUUGUUUUCUAGACUGUGUUACACUUUGAUUUUGCCUUGACCAUUUGUAUAUUUGUUUCAAAGUUUCUAUGUUCCAAAUAUUUGUGUUACUGAGACUGUAAUGCAAAUUACAAUUGUGUAAAUGAUGGUAUCAAGUAGAUGAACAUUAUCCUAGCAUAUUUUAGUGCUUUCUAGCGCAUAUCACAGGGCAAAUGUCAUGAAUGGUUUCUGGAGCUUCCUCAAAUGCAAUUAACAGAAGGUGGAUAUGUUUUUUGAAGACAUUUUGUUAUUGCAAUAUAUUAUAGCAUUCAUAAAUUUGCAAGAACUCAUGAGAUUUAUAGUAAAUUAAUUUUGAGAAUCUCAAGUUUGCAUCUUAUUUAUUUUCUGGUUGGUGGUACAAGUUGUGUGAAUCUUGGUAACAAAUUUUAUUGACAUAUGUUACUUACAAUAUUUUUUGUGUAUAGUUAAAACAUUUAUUUUUUAAAAGGUUUAUUAUUGUUCAUUCUAUUAAUCAAUAAUUUUUUUUCAAGGAAUGUGUAAUAAUAUAUACAUCUAAUAAGUCCAGAAAGAACUUCUGUCAUAAGGGCAAAUGUUAAAUGUUCACUAGAUCUGUUUAUAAAACUGGUAGUUGUUUUUCAAUUGUAGAUUUUACUAGUCUAGAUUCAAGUGUAUUAUUAUAUCAGUAUGAAGUGGGUAAAAUUUAAAUCAAACUUUGUUACUCUUAAGGUUUUCAAUUUGAUACUGACUGUAGUGUAAGGUUAAUUGGUAUGUGUUCAAAUGUAGUUACAAAUGUUUCAAGAACUGAGUUCGAAUGUUUGUGAGUAUUAAAUAUUUAAUAUUAUUUACAUCACUUUUUUUAGUAUUUUGAUGAGAUGUGUGUAUUUUUUAAAUUGUCAGGUUCUGCAUUUCAAAGACAAAUUAUAUUAUACGAAGUGCUAGCAUAUGAAAUUGAAUUUUUUGUAAGUCACUUUGUAAGCAGUAAGUCAACAUUUUAUAAAAUAUUUUGUUCUAA